CACCUCAAACCUUCUUGCAAGCUCUCUCUCUCUCUCUCUCUCUCUCUCUCUCUCUCUCUCUCUCUCUCUCUCUGUAUUCUGCCACCAUGAGGGAGAUCCUGCACGUCCAGGCCGGGCAAUGCGGCAACCAGAUCGGCGGCAAGUUCUGGGAGGUGGUGUCGGACGAGCACGGCAUCGACGCCAAGGGGAACUACGUGGGCAGCUCCCCCCUGCAGCUGGAGCGGGCCAACGUCUACUACAACGAGGCCAGCGGCGGCCGGUACGUGCCUCGAGCCGUGCUUAUGGAUCUGGAGCCGGGAACCAUGGACGCGCUGCGCACCGGGCCCUACGGCCAGCUCUUCCGCCCCGACAACUUCGUCUUCGGCCAGAACGGCGCCGGCAACAACUGGGCCAAGGGCCACUACACCGAGGGCGCCGAGCUCAUCGACGCCGUCCUCGAUGUUGUCCGCAAGGAGGCCGAGAACUGCGACUGCCUCCAAGGGUUCCAGAUCUGCCAUUCGCUGGGAGGAGGGACGGGGUCGGGGAUGGGGACGCUGCUGAUCUCCAAGAUCCGGGAGGAGUACCCGGAUCGGAUGAUGCUGACCUUCUCGGUGUUCCCGUCGCCCAAGGUGUCGGACACGGUGGUGGAGCCGUACAACGCGACGCUGUCGGUGCACCAGCUGGUGGAGAACGCCGACGAGUGCAUGGUGCUCGACAACGAGGCCCUCUAUGACAUCUGCUUCAGGACCCUCAAGCUCACCAACCCCAGCUUUGGUGAUCUGAACCACCUCAUCUCCACCACCAUGAGCGGCGUGACGUGCUGCCUGCGCUUCCCGGGGCAGCUCAACUCCGACCUGCGCAAGCUCGCCGUCAACCUCAUCCCCUUCCCCCGCCUCCACUUCUUCAUGGUGGGAUUCACGCCGCUGACCUCCCGCGGGUCGCAGCAGUACCGCGCCCUCACCAUCCCCGAGCUCACGCAGCAGAUGUGGGACGCCAAGAACAUGAUGUGCGCUGCCGACCCCCGCCACGGCCGCUACCUCACCGCCUCCGCCAUGUUCCGCGGCAGGAUGAGCACCAAGGAGGUGGACGAGCAGAUGAUCGCGGUGCAGAACAAGAACUCCUCCUACUUCGUGGAGUGGAUUCCCAACAACGUCAAGUCCAGCGUCUGCGACAUCCCCCCCACCGGCCUCUCCAUGUCCGCCACCUUCAUGGGCAACUCCACCUCCAUCCAGGAGAUGUUCAAGCGCGUGUCGGAGCAGUUCACCGUCAUGUUCCGCCGCAAGGCCUUCUUGCACUGGUACACCGGGGAAGGCAUGGACGAGAUGGAGUUCACCGAGGCCGAGAGCAACAUGAACGACCUCGUCUCCGAGUACCAGCAGUACCAGGACGCCGUGGCCGACGCCGACGAGGAGGAAGCCUACGGUGAUGACGUUGAGGAGAACUAAAAGUCCACGCUUUCAUGCAUGCAUGUAUGCAGGCAGAUGAGCUGCUGGUUUACUUUCCUUCAGUGUGUGAUUGGUAUUGUCGAGCUCUGUCAUCGAUUUCUACGCAUCGACUAUGUCAUAUUUCUCUCUCUUUAUAUAUAGUGGAUGGCUUGCAUUAAGAGUCCAUUGGGUACAUCCAGGAUCACAAGGCAUGGUCUCAGAACUACUUGAUGUGCUUUCAAUGAGUUCCAAAGAAAAAGAUCAUUCAUGGUGCAUGUUGACACUGGCGUUCUUUGAGAUAUUGAUGACAGGCAUUUGUUUCGUGUGCCUUUUCAGAUCAAACAGUAGAGAACUGAGACAGCCGAUCCUGCAGAGAUGGGAGAGGGGUUCGAGAGGUUCACUGAAUCACAGUGGUCAGCAGAAGAUCUCUACAAAAUAUGGCGACCAUAAAGCAUCAUUUGUUCAUGAGAUCUCUUACCAGACCGACGAGAAAGCUACUCACAUUGCAGUUGUGUAUUAGCACCAUCUCGAUGUUUAUUGUCACUGACAACGGUGAGCAAUCAGAUAAGUAAGUGAAAACCUCUUAUGAACAGAAGACAUUUCCUUUACCUCGCUUAUGAUUAUGAACACAGACAUGAUCUAGCACACAUCAGCUAUCACGAACUCAGAGUUGGUAUGAAUAAUUGAACAUUGGUGUAACUUAUCUUUGUAACAGAAGACAUAACUUAUCUUUGCGGCGAAUCUUCCCUAGAGAUUUCUGCUAUAUUCCAGAAAUAAUUGGGAUGCUCAAGCACAUUCCAGCAUGCUAUCUCUGACAUCGCUUGAUCUAGCUUCAAGAUCAUUCGGCUCAAUCAGCAUGUAGUGCUUCGAUUCUAAACCCUGCCCAUCGGAGAAAAGGGUGGGUCUAGGAAAAAAGAGGGAGGCAUCUGCUCUGUUCCUUUUUUUGCUUUUAUUUGUUCUUCAGUUGCAACUGCUUCAAUCAACUGCCGCACUUCUUCCUCAAGGAGUAAUUUUAAUGAAUUAGAGUAAAACCUCUGUCUGAUCUUCUCCUGGAUAACAGCCGAAGAAACUUCAGAACCAUGCAGGAUGGCAAUGCAGAUCGAAAAUGCCUGUAGAGCUGAGAGUUGUGCAUGGAAAUCAACUGAAUAAAGUCCUUUGCCAUCAGCCGAUAUUGAUAGUGCAGGUAACUUUUCCUUCUUUCCCUG